UUUCUUUGGUUAGUGUCUGCAACACGUGUUGAUGUUUUCAAUUUUUUUAAAAAUCUUUAUUUGAUUGAAUUAAAAUGAGUGAAAAUUCUGAAGAUAUAUCUGAAAAUGAACAAACAGAAGGUAGUGAACAUGAACAGGAAGAAGAAGAACAAAAUGAGACAAAUGAAAAUGAAAAAUCAGAAGUUUCAUGGAAAGAUCUGGGUUUAGUUGACGUAUUAUGUGAAGCUUGCCUUCAAUUAAAAUGGAAUCAACCAUCUAAAAUCCAACAAGAAGCUAUUCCUGUAGCUUUACAAGGAAAAGAUAUUAUUGGUUUAGCUGAGACAGGAUCAGGAAAGACUGCUGCUUUUGCAUUACCAAUUUUACAUGCGUUGUUACAAAAUCCUCAACGAUAUUUUGCUCUUAUUUUAACACCAACAAGAGAAUUAGCAUUUCAAAUUUCAGAACAAUUUGAAGCAUUAGGCACAACAAUUGGUGUAAAAUGCGCAGUUGUUGUUGGUGGAAUGGAUAUGAUGUCUCAAGCGUUAAUUUUAGCCAAAAAACCUCAUAUAAUUAUUGCAACUCCUGGUCGUUUGGUUGAUCAUUUAGAAAAUACAAAAGGAUUUAAUUUAAGAGCAUUAAAAUACCUUGUGAUGGAUGAAGCUGAUCGUAUUUUAAAUAUGGACUUCGAGGUUGAAGUUGAUAAAAUAUUGAAAGUGGUUCCAAAAGAGAGACAUACAUAUCUAUUUUCUGCGACAAUGACUAAAAAAGUACAAAAAUUACAGCGCGCUUCUUUAAGAGAUCCAGUUAAAGUUGAAGUUUCCACUAAAUAUCAAACUGUUGAUAAAUUAAAACAACAUUAUUUGUUUAUUCCGCUUAAAUUUAAGGACGUUUAUUUGGUACAUUUACUUAACGAAAUGGCUGGAAACAGUUUUAUGAUAUUCUGUGGAACCUGUAACAAUACAAUUCGUACUGCGUUACUGUUACGAAAUUUAGGUUUUACUGCUGUUCCAUUACAUGGACAAAUGUCACAAAAUAAACGUUUAGGGGCUCUGACAAAGUUUCGUGCAAAAAAUCGAUCAAUUUUAAUAUCAACUGAUGUAGCCAGCAGAGGGUUGGAUAUACCACAUGUAGAUGUAGUAAUCAACUUUGACAUUCCAACGCAUAGCAAGGAUUAUAUACAUCGAGUGGGUCGGACAGCUCGAGCAGGACGUUCGGGAAAAGCUAUAACAUUUGUAACACAGUAUGACGUUGAACUAUAUCAACGGAUAGAGCAUUUAAUUGGUAAACAAUUGCCAUUGUAUCAAACCGAAGAAGAUGAAGUAAUGAUUCUACAAGAACGUGUCGCAGAAGCUCAAAGAAUGGCUAAAAUGGAUAUGAAAGAUGUUGGUGACAAGAAAGGUAAAAAACGGAAUGUCGAUGGGGAUGAAGAUGAUACAGAAGAAGCGACCGGUGUACGUAAACGUUUAAAAGGUGGAAAAUUUAAAAAGAGAAAAUAA